AUGAGUUUAGCUUUUGUUGGUCGUGUGAUGCAGAGCCUUAAGGGCUUCUACAAUGGCAUUAACCCUGCAACCUUAACAGGGGCCAUUGAUGUGGUCAUUGUGAAAAACCCAGAUGGGACCUAUCAUUCUUCACCCUUCCAUGUGCGGUUUGGUAAACUCGGCGUUCUCCGUUCCAGAGAAAAAGUAGUUGACAUUGAGAUCAAUGGAGAGCCUAUAGAGUUGCAGAUGAAGCUUGGAGAAGCGGGGGAGGCAUUCUUUGUUCAAGAGAUUGAAUCUGAGGAUGAGAAUUUUCCAGAUUACUUAGCAACAUCCCCACUCCCUUCUUCCUCACACUUAAUGGAGAAAGGGGUUGAGGAGCUUCAUCGCCAGGUGUUUCAGGAUUCUGAUUCCACAGGACAAGUCACAGACAGACUGACAGUCUCCGAAAAUAUGUUAUCUAUCCAGGACCCCCGCAGCGACAGUUCCUGGGAUGAGUUCAAAGCCAGUGGCAAACCCAGGAGAAAAGUUUUCAAGAAAAAGAAGCAGAAAUCUGCAGGAUCUAGGUCAAGUCCUAGAUCAAUGUCAAUGCCUGAGAAUGUGUCUGCAGAAGAGAUUUUGUUUGAGUUGGAGGUCACACAUUCUUCGGACGAUGAUGAGGUCCAUCUGCAUCAUUACGGAAGCAGGAGUUCAAGUUCUCCGGCAAUUAAAGACAUGGAUAUGAUGCUCCAGGGAACAACUAGUCACAGGAGAAUCAGCUCUCAGGGCAACUUUGUGACCCCAUACAGUGAGCCAGAAACAUCCCCUAUUGGCAGCCCCAUGUGGUCUCGGCCAGCAACUCCAAAGAGUGACACUGAAGUAGAUAGGCAGCAUGCUGAAGAGAACCAGACCUCUGUGCUGAUGGACACUAGCGCCACCUGGCCAUGGGGGAAGUUUCCCACCGCUGUGGAAACAACACCAGUCAGAGAUGAGCAGAAGGUGUUGGAAGAGAACAAAGCAGACACAUCCAAAGGUUCUAGUGGAUUUAUGUCUAUAUGGAGGCCGUCAACAGGCAAGAAAACUGAGAUACCAGGUGGCAUUUAUUUAGAUGACCUCGCCAACUUGGAAGAUCCAGAAAUGACCAAAAUUUACUUAGGGAGACCGCGGGAGAAAGAGGAUGACACAGAAUCUGGAAGAGGCCAAUCACUACCGCAGUCUCCGAACUCGGUAGAGGGCGCCGUGGGUGGCCCUGUCAGUUUUACCAUGUCUGAAGUGCGGCACCUGGGCCCCGUGGCUCUUUCACUAUGUGGUGGGCUCAACGAGUCUGAAGGAAUAACCCUGGACAAGUUCAUGCAGAAGGUGGUGACUUUUGAAGAUCUGGCAGAGAAUGCUAAUAUCACUUUGAAUCCUGAUCUGGUAGUGAAGAUACAUGACAAAUAUUACAACUGGGCAACAGCAGGGCCUAUGGUGCUUUCACAGAUUGUCUUCCAUAAACAACUGCCUGAGGUUUCUCCUUGUGUAUUCCAGCCGGUUGUGAAGAGCCUGGAGAAGGAGCACAUGCCAAAGAAGGAGAAGAAGAAGAAGGGCUGGUUCUCCUGGGCAAGGUCUGUCGAUGUGGAUGCAGAUUUGGAGUCCGGUGUGGGGAUGAGUGAAGGAAUUAGCAGCAACCCAUCAACUGUCACUCUGACAGACAGUCUGCUGCAGAAAAGUAUGGUUUCACCAAGCCAGUCGCCCAGCUCCACCCCACCUGGCAGUGUCACCAGCACACCAAGAAAGCAUGCAGAGAAACAUAGUGGCAGAUUGCAUCAUGAUGAAAACACCUCAACAGAAACAGACACUGAUGCCUCAGAGAAGGAAGCUUCCAAGUCGCCAUCUCCACCACUACCAACUGAACACCCCAGUGUCCAGUUGCAUGAUAUUGAUCUCAGGCUGAGUCACACUGCCCCUCGUGCGUUUAAAGCCAGGAGAGAAAAGUACAUAAAGACCCUGAGGUUGUCUUCGGAGCAGAUAAGCAAGAUGAAGCUCCGUGAGGGUCACAAUGAAAUCUGCUUCUCAGUGACCACGCAGUACCAGGGCACUACACGCUGUGUGGCUCAUGUCUACCUGUGGAACUUUGAUGACAAAAUUGUUAUCUCUGACAUUGAUGGGACCAUCACCAAAUCAGAUGCCCUUGGACAGAUCCUGCCAAUCAUUGGACGGGACUGGUCCCAGUCAGGGGUGGCACAGCUGUUUACUCGCAUCCACAAGAAUGGCUACAAGCUGAUCUACCUUUCAGCCAGGGCUAUUGGGCAGAGCCGCAGCACCAAGGACAUGCUCAAGAACAUUCGCCAGGGGGAUCUGGUGUUACCUGAUGGACCUCUGUUCCUCAACCCGACAUCAUUGUUUAGUGCCUUCCAUAGGGAGGUUAUUCUCAAGAAUCCAGAAGAGUUUAAAAUAAGCUGUCUCAAAGAUAUUGCUGAUUUGUUCCCAUGUUCCCCAUUUUAUGCUGGCUUUGGAAAUAAAUUUAAUGAUGUGAUUGCUUACAGGGCCUUGAAUAUCCCCAGCUAUAGAAUCUUCACCAUCAACCCCCAAGGCCAGCUGAGGCACGACCUUUCCCUGACCUUCUUGUCUUCCUAUGCUGGCAUGUCUGACAUAGUGGACCACUUCUUCCCGGCGCUGGACAAAACAGACCGGGGAACUUUCAUGGAGUUCAACGACACCAACUACUGGCGCGACCCCAUUCCUUGCAUCGACAACAGUGAGCUGGCUUUGUUAUCCACUUCCAGCCACCCCAGUCCAGAGCCGGUGGAGAAGAAAUGA